GGAAUCAGCUACCGCAGAGUUGCCCUAUCUUGUCUCGGUUCAAGUAGCCAGCCGUAUAUUUUGGGUGGGAAACGCUUGUAGGAUUUUGCCGACUUUUGACGCCCGUUAUCUUUUAUUGGACCCGAGUCUGGCAAAGAAGAAAGGGGGCACUGGUUGUGUUGAGUCGGGAUUGGCUAUACUACGCCGAGUCGAGUCUUAAGACGUCUACAACUGUCUCUAUUCCUUCCACCAUCACCCCUGACGUGUGGCGCGCGCAACUCUUAGAUCCUUCUCGACCCUCCUUUAUAUUAUUUUGGGGUUGUAGAACGGCCGACCUUUCGUCGUGAUUUUCCCUCCCGCCUCAACUACCAUGAAUACUCGAAAUGCGCCGCUUUCGCCUGUCUCAGUAGGCGCUGGCAGCGAGUGGUCGGGCAUCUCCAGAUACCAGAAUCCCGACAGCGGUGGCCCAUAUCCGAACGGUCGCGGUCCAGUCUCGCCGCCUGACUCGAGCAGCUCCAACGGGAACAUGAAUGGCUUCCCACCCGGCCCCGGGAGUGUCGGCGCCCCUUCGCCGCCGCCCUCGGUCGGCCGCUCUAGUACCUACGCGAGAAGCGAAAGCGGGAGGAGUAUCCGCGAGGAUUCCGAGGCGAUCUUAGGCGAACACUAUCUUGCUCUGAGAAGAUACCUGGCCUCGACGUCGAAGGACGGCAGGGCAAACCCCCCUCCUAACAAAGCACGCGACAAGUUGCUGCGCCUAUCCUCGGUUCAAUUUCUUGAGUUAUCAACCGAUGUGUACGAUGAAUUACUACGACGUCAGGCCUAUAGUCGAAGACCACCCAAUGCGCCGCCCAAUGUCGGCCCACCCGCCUACCUACUACCAGAAGAUACGUUCCACCCGAAACGCAACCAGGCUCGCCAGAAGCUGUCGACGCUCGUCCCCCCGAGAUUCCGAGAUCUAGCUACGGAUGUUUUCUGCGAGUCGGAAAGGCGCAUUCCCCGCUUUAUCGCCGGCGAGGUCCCCCGAAUGAGCAACCCAGGAACGCCUUCGAGCCGGGCCGGCACGCCAAUCGGCGGCAUGGGUCCUCGAGGGCUAGGCGGAAUGCGAAGACCAUCGGAUGCUAGUUCGAUUCGCUCGGCGGUCGCCAGGGCUAACGGCGAAUAUCCCGUGCCUCCAUCGCCGGGCCUGGGAAAUGGCAACUUCGAUCGGCCCCUUCCAAAACAAUUUCAAAGCAAUACCAUCGUCCCCAACAAGAGCACAAUGCUCGAGGAAGACGACGACGGUAUCGGGUCGAAUGAUGAGGAGAACGAUGCUCUACAGUCGGUCAACCGAGAGAGUAAGAGGAAUACCGGCGCUAGUGCUGGUGUGUCCGAAAUGGAUAAGAAGCUCAUCGAUGAUUACCAAGCCCAAGUGCGCGAGUUGCGAGAGAAGCUAGAUAACAUGGAAAACCAGCUGAAGAAGAAGGACGACGAGCUAAAUCAAGUGCUGGACGGCGAACGAUCGCGUACUACCGCUUCGAACCUAGAAAAGAAAGAGUGGGAAGAUCUGCGGACAGAUCUGGAGGAUAAGCUGACGGAAGCGCAAAAUUUGAACAACACAUUGCGGGACGAGCUUGACCGUAUGAGAGAUGACCACGCCGCUGAGACACGGAAGCUACGAGAGGAGAUUGAAGAUGCCCGGAAAAGUAGCGGGAGUGGAGGCGGGGAUCCCGAUCUCGUGAGGGAGAACGAGGAGCUGCGCAUGGCGCUAGAGGACCAGCGACAGGUUACGGAGAGCGUUCGGCACGAAGCUCGACAAUUCCUCGAAGAGAUGAAGGUGCUCUCUCAGCAACACGGCCCCUCUUGGGAGAGGCAAGCCGACCUGGAGAAGACCGUCGAACGUCUGGAGCAGGAGGUUCGAGAUUGGCGAAGUCGGUACACCCGCACGAAGGCCCAGCUUCGCAAUAUGCGCGCCUCGUCGAUGGGCCUGCCAACUGAUCAUGAUGCGGCUAAGUAUGUUCGAGAGAAGGGCUUUGCAGAAGAAAGCGGCCUCGUUAGAGACGUGCACGUUACCAAGUUCCAAAUCGCCAUCGACGAAUUGUUGCGGAGGGCACGAAGUGAAGAUCCCGACAGGGUUAUUGAUUCGAUGAAGUCGGUUGUGGCGAGCGUCCGGCGUAUCACGAAAGACAUCGACGAGUCUCAACCAAAUGAUGGGGAGCUGGUUCAGCAAUACCAGAAGCUGAAGAGUCGAGUAUCCGCCACUGCCAACAAUCUAAUUACCGCCUCGAAGAACUUUGCCUCAGCAGCUGGGCUUUCCCCCGUUUCUCUCCUUGACGCAGCAGCCUCUCAUCUCGUUGCUACCCUAGUAGAACUACUCCGGACUGUCAAGAUACGUGCCACGCCGGCUGGCGAGUUGGAAGACGAGGAUGACGGCGUGGUUACUCCAGUGGAGUCGACCGGGUUCUUUUCGAACCGUACUACGACUACGCAGCCCGACGCGUACUUGAGAUCGCACGACUCCCCCCUAGUACCGCCUCCGACAUUUCAGGGCCUCCGCGCUGGGAUACGCGACAGCGCGAACUCUUCCGCAUACAGUCCCGUCAGUUCGCCGAGGGAAUCCAGCGAGCAGUAUAACUCGAGAGGGUUGAUGUCUCGAAAUGGUGGCAUGAACGGGAUGGCAUACUUGGGCCCCGGGAAAAAUUCACCAAACGCGCCCAACGGCGUCCGCCGACCAGACACGAAGAACGAAGACCUGAAGAUCUAUCUCGAAGACCAGACCGAGAUCAUGGUCCAGACCAUCCAAGGUCUGGUCAGUUCUAUUCGCAGCGAUGCGCCCAUCCAACAGAUCAACGAGCAGAUAACCUCGAUUGCCGACAUCGUGGAGAGGGUGGUUGAGGAGACUGAGUCGUGUGGCAACCCUGGCGGCAUGGUUGAACGUCUAUCUUCGUGUCGCGAACGCAUACUCGAAGCCGGUGACCAGGGCAAAGAUCUGUCCGCCCGUGGCCUUGGCGAAUCUGACCGGGAGUGGCGAAUGUGGACUCAGACAUUACCACCUAUCGCCUUCGAGAUCGUUCGCGAGGUUAAGGAGUUGGUGAAACGUGUCGAUCGCCUAGUUAUGUCGCCAACGGCAGAUGAUUUCUCAUGAACAACGGGCUCGAAACAACGAAGGCCGGGGCUGCCACCACCAUG